AGCUGAACCACAGCAGCGUGGGUGAAUCACGGUGUCAAACGCCUCACACCUGGCACAAAACAUUCGACCUAAACUACUCUAGUAAGAUUGCAUGGUUGAUGUUAACUCGAAUGCUGCAUAUGUCUGACUGAAAUUCUGACGUUUACACCGCAAGCUGGAUGUAAAAAAAUGAAUCCAAUGGAUCCCCAAAAGAUCAUUCUGAACAGCACAUGCACCAUCUCUCUGCAUGACCGUUUCACCAGUUUGUUAAAGCACCAGCCGGCAGAUGUGAAUGUGAUGGACAUCCCAGCCGUAGUGAACCAGCAGACUGUAGCCUCGCUGAAGAACCAGCGUCUGGCUCUGGAGAUGGGCAACAGACCUUCUGUGCUGGCCGCCCUGCAUAACACAUCUAAUAUAAAUAAUCAACUAUGCAAAGUGAGCGUGAAGGCAAGACUCGGCCGUCCCAUGGGGAGAGCGGGCAUGGUGGGAUUGCGGGGGCAAAUGAGAGGAGGAGUAGGAGGCGGUGGCAGCAGGAGAGGACUGGUCAAAGGAUUUUACACAAGGAGAAGCAUAAGUAGUCUGCAAGGGGUAAUCUCCUCUCUAGGUGUUGAGAAGGCACAGGGCCAGCCACAGCGUGGAGGAAAAGUAAUUUGGACUGGAUCAAUGGGAAACAGAGGCGGAGGAGCCAUUAGAAAGGCCGAAGGAAAUGCAGAGCGGCAAAUGCCACAUCCAGGAACAGCAAAAGGUGGUGGUCGUUUUGCAGCUGUCAGUAGGGCGUAUUCAGGGUCUAGCCGGGCCAGAUUCGACAGCCACCAGAUUCCUUCUCGGGAGCAAUUGGAUGAACAACUGGAUGAGUACAUGUCCAUGACCAAGAGCCAUCUGGACGCAGAGCUGGAUGCAUAUAUGGCUCAGGUUGAUUUGGAUGACAUGGUGUGAUGAGUCCACUACAUAUUCUUUACUUUAACCCCAACUAAUGGAGCAUUUAGUCUAACUUGCAGAUAGACUGCUCUGUUACAGGGCUUAUUGAUUGACUCCAGCAGACCUGAACUAAUUGUAUAUAGUUGAUGUGUCCCUCAGAGCUCUGCUGCUUAGGAACCUUUGACUUCCAGUUUGUUACUUACAUUAAACAAUCAUUAUUUUUCCCACAGUCUAGUGAACAAGAAAGAAUUGAAAGCUUUCUGAAGGCUUGUGUUUCUUUCUAGGAAAACUCUUUUCAGCAGUCCAGCAUGAUGUUGUUUCUGAGAAAACCGUUUCACUUUAUUUGAUAAGCAGUUCCAUUGAAUACUGGCAUUGAACAGACAUGAGUCACCCCUCAGUUAAAGGUUUAAACAAAUAUGUUUAAUAGCCACCAAUUUUGGUUGUGAUUUGUAAUAAUAAUAAGAUUUCAGUAAAGCUGACAAUCAGACUUAUUUGGGCUAUAACUGGUCCGUAGGAGCUACUUCAUGUAUCAGCCAUCUUUUAUUUUUCACAACAGGGUUUUGUAUUGAUCUGAUUUGAUUACAAUAUACAAGAUUGACUGUACACAAUUAUAGUUUUGGAUUAUGUUUUACAGAUGGUGAUUUAAAAAAGAAAAGUUCAUGUGGAGCUGUUUAAACACUCACCCUGUGGUGAUAGUUGGUUUUCAUAUUCUUUAAUAAAAGAUGUUUGGAAAUUGC